AUGGAAUCUGCUUCGUUUCGGGUGGCGCAGCAGCAAACACUCAUCCCCAAGAAAUGCUACAAUGGCAAUUACACGAGACUUUGGAAUCAGCAGGCUUACUGUUACCAAAUACCCAGAACCCAUCUUUAUUCUUACUCCCCAUUUUCUCUCCCGUCACUGAAUUUCAGUUUUCGCACCAAAAAUUCUCAGUUUUGUGGUUCCAGUAUCAGGGCCUCAUCCGCUCAGAGCGGCGGAAUUGUUGAUGGCGGCCAACCUGAACAACCUCCUGCUGCUGUACUUCUUGAAGUUGAAGGGGUACUCAUGGAUAUAUACCGUUCUGGAAAUCUGAAAGCCUUCAACUUAGCAUUUCGAAAGCUUGGCUUGGACUGUGCCAAUUGGACUGAACCAGUUUAUUCAGACCUUAUCAGGAGGAGUGCUGGUGAUGAGGAAAAGAUGCUGGCAAUAUACUUUAAUAGGAUUGGUUGGCCUACUUCAGUUCCCACGAAUGAGAAAGGAGCAUUUGUAAAAAAUGUCAUGCGACAUAAGAAAGAUGCAUUGAAUGAACUUGUUAUGUCAAAGACCUUGUCAUUGAGACCAGGGGUUGAGGACUUCAUCGAUGAUGCAUGUAAAGAAGGGGUCCCUGUGGUUAUAUUGUCUGCUUAUUGUAAAAUGGGGGAACAAGUAGCAAGGUCUGUUAUCGAAAAACUUGGAGAUGAUCGCAUGUCAAAGAUAAAAGUCAUUGGUAAAACUGAGGUGGAGAAAAGCAUGUAUGGACAACUUGUUCUCGGGAAAGGAGUAUCCUCUAGUCUGGAUGAGCAGUUAGCCAAGGAAGUGGCUAAAGCAGCUUCUGCUGAGAAACAAAGAAUUGCAGAAGAGGUUGCUUCUAUGCUAAAGUUGAGAGUGGAUAUUGAUACUAGCUCAAGUGAAAGCUUGCAAUAUGUUGUGGCAACUCUACGUGCGGGUGCUGAAUUUGCAGAGGUUCCUCUCUACAAAUGUGUGCUAGUUGCAGGAGGCCAAUUAGGAGUUUCAGGUGCUGAGCGUAUAAGCAUGCCUUGUGUUGUCCUCCGAAGCAGCUUUACAGCUAGAGCUGAGUUCCCGUCGGCAAAUUCUGUGUUGGAUGGAUUUGGCGGGACAGAUUUAACAAUUUCUCGGCUGCAGAAGCUGGUCCAGAAUUCACAGAGAACCUGA